CCCAGGUUGGGGCGGGGCCGGGCCCAGGUAGAGCGGACCUGCGGCCGGCGCGGCGGACGGGAUGAGGCGCUGCAGUCUCUGCGCUUUCGACGCCGCCCGGGGGCCCCGGCGGCUGAUGCGCGUGGGCCUGGCGCUGAUCCUGGUGGGCCACGUGAACUUGCUGCUGGGGGCUGUGCUGCACGGCACUGUCCUGCGGCACGUGGCCAAUCCCCGUGGCGCUGUCACGCCAGAGUACACCGUGGCCAAUGUCAUCUCCGUCGGCUCGGGGCUGCUGGUGAGCGCGGCAGGCGGCCCGGGGCGGGGGUCGGGCGCCCAGAAAGCCCAUCAAGCCAAAGGCUUUGUGUCUUCCACAGAGCGUUUCCGUGGGACUUGUGGCUCUCCUGGCGUCCAGGAACCUUCUUCGCCCUCCACUGGACUGCUGGAUCCUCUGGUACCACUGGAUGAGGGGCCGGGACACACCGACUGCCCCUUUGACCCCACAAGAAUCUAUGUGAGCACAUUCUCUUCCUUCUUGUGGUCUACAAAGCCUUGGUCCUGCCCUUUUAAUUUCCCUUCUUUGCUGCACUUGCCCUACUCCCUAUCCUUCUUGCUUUUCAGGAUACAGCCUUGGCUCUCUGGAUCCCUUCUUUGCUCAUGUCUGCAGGGGAGGCUGCUCUAUCUGGUUACUGCUGUGUGGCUGCACUCACUCUACGUGGAGUUGGGCCCUGCAGGAAGGAGGGACUUCAGGGGCAGCUAGAGGAAAUGACAGAGCUUGAAUCUCCUAAACAUAAAAGGCAGGAAAAUGAGCAGCUACUGGAUGGAAGUCAAGAAAUCCAAGCAUCACAGAGAAGUUGGGUUUAGGACAGGUAAUGGGCCUUGAAGGUGGUGGCCUGGGUAAGAGUGGGGGCAGGGAAGUGCUCUUAGAACUGGGUCUAGGUCUUGCCAUGCUGCUUUCCCCCUCUGACCCGGGUUGGUUCUCCCCUCUGUCCAGCAGGUGCUGUUCCAAGACUCAGUCCUAAAGGGUUUUUUUUUCCCCACUAAGCAAGGGGCCCUGACCUCGGGAUGAGAUAAUACAUUGUAAUAAAGUAACUUCUCUUUUCUUCUA